AUGGCGAAGUACUGUUUGAAAAAAGCGAGUAAACGCCAAAGCUGUGCAAAACGGUACAAGAUUGAGAAGAAAGUUCGAGAACAUAAUAGAAAGGUGAAGAAAGAGGCAAAGAAAUUAGCUCACAAGAAAAAGAAGGAAAAGAUCAUCACGGUACCUAAGGCAUGUCCUUUCAAGGAAGAAAUUUUGAUUGAGGCCGAGAAAGCACGAGAACGAGUCAAGGCUGAGGCUGAAGCGAAAAAGGAAGCAGCUAAACAAGCACGUGCCGAGAAGCGAAAAUGUCCGACACCGCUCGACCUUCAGGAGCUCACCGCGAAGGCGGCAAGAGAGGCAGAAGCAUUCGAAAAACAGCAAGAGGCAAAGAAUGCGGCUUCUAACUCAUUCAAUCCACUGAACGAUAAAACAGUGAAGGCUUAUGCUAGUGAAGUGCGAAAAAUGAUUGAAACAGCGGAUAUCAUAAUUCAGGUUUUGGAUGCUCGUGAUCCACUUGGAAGUCGUAGCAAUUCCGUUGAACAGCAGGUUAUUAGCAGUGGUAAACGCUUGGUCCUCCUUCUCAACAAGAUUGAUCUAGUUCCAAGGGAGAAUGUUACAAAGUGGCUCACCUAUUUGAGGGCUCAAAUGCCGACAAUCGCAUUCAAAGCUAGCACACAAGAACAGAACACUAACAUCAGCCGAUUCAGCAGCUCCAACUUGAACAAUUCGUCAUCUUCAAAAUGUAUUGGUGCAGACCUCGUCAUGAAGUUGUUAGGAAAUUACUGUCGCAACAAAGACAUCAAGACUAGUAUUCGCGUAGGAGUAGUUGGAUUUCCAAAUGUUGGCAAAAGCAGUGUGAUAAAUAGUCUCAAGAGAAGGCGUGCCUGUAAUGUAGGAGCGCUCCCCGGUAUUACAAAAGAAAUCCAAGAAAUCGAGUUGGAUAAACAUAUCCGACUCAUUGAUUCUCCUGGUGUGGUACUGCUGAGUGCCAAAGACCUUGAUCCAGUAGAGGUAGCUCUCAGAAAUGCCAUUCGUGUUGAUAAUCUGAUGGAUCCAAUUGCUCCUGUGAUCGCGAUAUUAAGGAGAUGCUCGAAAGAAACGCUCAUGUUGCAUUAUUCGAUACCGGAAUUCAAUUCUACUGACCAAUUCCUCGCUUUGGUUGCACGUAAAUUGGGAAGACUAAAGAAAGGGGCAAGACCAGACACGAACGCCGCAGCCAAACAUGUACUACAUGAAUGGAAUAGCGGGAAGUUGCGGUACUACACCCAUCCACCGGAGGACACUUCGUCUUCAUCAGCACCUGAGACUGGUGUUUCCGCCGAAAUAGUAAGCCAGUUUAGCAAGGAGUUUGACAUCGAUGGUCUCGAUAGUGAUUUGAAGCAACUGGUGGAAGGCUUACCAAUGGAAACAGACGCUACUUUUGUUCCUUAUAACUCAUCAAAUGAAGAAGAUGACGACAAAGAUGCAGAAAUGGUUGUUGAUCAAGAAAGUAUGUCGCCUUGA